AUGGAUCAAACGAAGUUUCCCUCGUUGCUGACAGAUCUUCGUUCUUCUAGCAAGGCUCCAAUAAGUCAAUCCACUUCUCUACCAUCACAAUGGAAAGCAAAUUAUACAUCAUUGAUAGAACAGCAUACAGAUCAAUUAAACAAUUUCAUAAGACCGCACGUUAAUAAGCUCGAUGAUACGAUAAGUCAGAACGUAAUAAAUUGCUACAAGAUUGGAUCUACCCUCGGGAGGGGUCAAUUUGGUAAGGUGUACAAAGGUGUUGACUUCCAUACGGGGAAAGUUGUCGCUAUAAAAAAGAUGAGUAAGAAACCCAUGACUUCAAAGCUUUAUUCGAUGAAUCAGAUAAUGAGGCAAAUACAGAUAUGGAAAGUACUGGGAAUGUAUGAUGACUUGAAUUCAGAGGAAGUUGUGAUGUUGAUGAACUUGUUCAGAAUAAGGUGGGAAGUUUUCGUUUUGAGUUGGUUGAAUUAUAAGAGGAAAUAUCAAAAAUGUGACUAUGUUUUGGAGUUGGUUGAAUGCUUGGACUCUGUAAAUAGCAUGAAUAUUUGGAUUGUGAAUGAGUGGAGCAAUUUAGGAGAAUUGCUGUGGAAAAGAGAGGACCGAAAUGUUGUCAUAACUCAAUGGGAAAAAAUAUGUGGGAUAGGAUGUAAUGUGUCAACAUUUGCUGAAAAAGUUUUGAAAGAUAUCGCUUCUGGCUUAAAAUUCUUAGAAUCCGUUGGUUGUAUUCAUAGAGAUAUAAAACCUUCCAAUAUUUUAGUAGAUGGGAAUAGGAAAAUGUUGAAAAUUUCAGAUUUUGGUUCAAGUUUAAUCGUGCCAGAAUUUUUACCAUUUAAAAUUGACGAAUCUCCAAGUGUUGUUACAAACUGCUUUCGAAACGAACUGAAUAAAAUAGUUGGUACGCCAGCUUUCAUUGCACCUGAGAUUUGUCAGUGUGUUGCGGAAUCUGAUUCAGAUACUUGUGCAAUUGAUGGGUUCAAGGCAGAUAUGUGGUCCCUUGGUGUGACUAUUUACUGUAUUCUAUACAAUGAACUUCCUUUUUAUGGGGAAAACGAAUUUGAUACGUACCAUAAGAUUACAAAUUCAGCGUUGAAAGAUAAAUUGAAUGGUGGCCAAUUGAACGAUUUGGUAAUUGGACGUCUGUUAGAGAAGAACCCAGUUGAAAGAAUAGGAAUAAUGGAACUAUCUAUAAUUUUGGGCCUUACAAUGGAGCCAUUCCAAAGAGAAAUGCCAAAGGUCCCUUUGAAAUCAGAAAAGGCUAAACCUUUCAGGACAAUAUUGAAGAAAAUCAUGUCUAUUGCAGGAACUAAAAGAAAAAGUAAAGCAAAGAUUGCAAAGCAGGAGGUUGUUUCUACGACAAAUAUAAAUACACUCACUGCGGGAUCUUUCUCAAGUGCAUCAUCGUCCAGUGAAUCCUCAUUGGAACAGCCCGUCCAAAUAACUGAAUUUUUGGACUCGUUGGGUUCCCAAGCUGAUGUCAACGAUAACACUUCGUACAUCGACUCGACCGCAAAAGCACAUCCGCAUGUAAAACUAACGUCAUCUAGAAACAUUGUAAAUUUUAAAACAUAUAUUCAGGAUAGAGAAGGAAAUUAG